AUGGCGAACGUCGAAAAAGCGCAAGAAAUUCACGAGGAACGCCCGCCGACUCCCAUUCCACAGGGACCAGAGCUUAAGAAGAGCUUUGAGGUAGACACCAUCCACAAUGACGAGGCAAUGAAAGUGCUAGCAAAUUAUGAUGGGCAGGAGAUUUGGGAUGAAGCAGAAGAGAAGAAGCUGAGAAAAAAGAUUGACCGGCGAUUGUUACCCAUUCUAUGUGUGACCUAUGCACUGCAGUAUUAUGAUAAAGGAAUGAUAUCGUUGGCGGCAAUUUUUGGGCUCCGUGAAGACCUGGAGCUGACGGGAAAUCGCUACUCGAUGUCCUCGGCCAUUUUUUUCCUUGGUUUUAUUGGUGGAGCCUACCCGGCCUCUCAACUGGCUCAGAGAUAUCCCGUUGAGCGAGUCGCUGGAGGGCUCGUCUUGGUCUGGGGUAUUUGCUUUAUAUCCACAGCCGCCUGCCAGAAUUGGCAAGGGCUCUAUGCUCAACGUUUUUGCUUGGGAUUUCUCGAGGCAGGUGUCAGUCCAAUCUUUAUGCUCAUCGUUGGCCAAUUUUACAAGAAGGAUGAGCAAGCGUUCAUGAUGGGGGUGUGGUACUCUGCCUCAGGAUACGUCUCGAGCUUUGGAGUCCUCAUCAACUAUGGUUUGGGCCACAUAGCUGGCUCGCUUUCGCCAUGGCGGUACAUGUAUAUUGUUGGCGGAGUCAUGACGAUAUUAUGGGCUUUUGUCAUCCUGUUCUUUAUGCCUCCGGACCCAAUCCGGGCUAAAGGCUUUGACGAGAGAGAGCGAUAUAUCGCAGUCGCUCGACUUCGAAUUAAUAACGCCGGCGUCCGAAACACACACUUUAAAAAGCAACAUGUCGUUGAGUUAUUCUUGGAUGAGAAGUUUUGGCUUGUGCUCGCCAUGGGAUACCUCAGCAUGAUUGCUGCUGGACCAGUCAAUGCCUUUGUUCCUAUCAUAAUAGCUGGGUUCGGAUUCAACACCUUCAACACUCUCCUCCUGCUUGUGCCAGCAGGAAUCGUUGCUGGUUCCGUCAUUCUUGGUGCAACAUACGCAGCCUACAAAUUCCCGAGAAUGAGAAGCUAUGUCAUUUUUGUUUGCGAGUUGAUCACGGUCUUCGCAUCGCUGUUGUUAUGGCUGCUGCCCCGCAGCGCUUUAGGUGGACUCCUCUUUGGUUGCUAUAUUCUGUGUGGGUUCAGUGGUGGAUGGGGUGUUCUCAUGGGGCUGUCAAUUGCUAAUGCCGCGGGUUAUACUAAGCGAGUAGUCAGCUCGUCUGGAAUUUAUGUCGGAUACUGCCUGGGCCAAUUCACGGGACCAUUACUCUUCAAGUCACACGACGCACCUCGCUAUGGACCUGGUUUCAUGGCUGUUGUUAUUACUGCGGCCGCGUCUGCGUUCCUAUCCUUGGUAUAUCGAUUCGUCUGUGUCUGGGACAAUAAGCGUCGUGACAAACGGGGUGUCAUGGAGGCCUUUGAGCAUGCCUAUGAAGAUGAUGUGACUGAUAAAAAGGUGUGA